UCAAGGUCAAGGGAAUAUACAACAAUGGCAGCCGUAUUUCUUUCCAUGUUCACUAUUAUUCUCAUCAUUUCAUCUGUUGUGUGCUCUUCUAAUUCAAUGAGUGUAGACUACUAUAAGCACACGUGCCCGGAGGCGGAGCCGGUGGUCGCCAAAAUGGUACAUAAGGGCAUGAUCAAUGACAAAACUGUUCCAGCAGGUUUACUCAGAAUGCACUUCCAUGAUUGUUUCAUUAGGGGUUGUGAUGCUUCUGUGGUGUUGAAUUCCACUGGGAAAGAGAAGGCUGAAAAAGAUGGUGGUCCAAAUAUUUCAUUGCAUGCAUUUUAUGUAAUUGAUCAUGCAAAGGAGGAGUUGGAGAGCAAGUGCCCCGGUGUGGUCUCCUGUGCUGACAUUCUGGCUCUUGCCGCUAGGGAUGCCGUUGCACUUUCUGGAGGGCCUACUUGGGAUGUGCCUCAAGGGAGGAAAGAUGGGAGAAUCUCAAAGGCCAAUGACACAUUGCAAUUGCCAUUCCCCACAUUCAACAUCUCCCAAUUGCACCAAAGCUUCUCCCAAAGAGGCCUUUCUUGGGAGGAUUUAGUUACACUCUCAGGAGGGCACACACUGGGUUUCUCCCACUGUUCCUCCUUCCAGAACAGGAUCCACAACUUCAACAGCUUAAACGACGUGGAUCCAACGAUGAACCCUGCAUUCGCGGGCGACCUGAGGAGGGUUUGCCCCAUUCACAACAAGGUGAAGAGCGCCGGAGCCAACUUGGAUUCUUCACCAACUCUAUUUGAUAAUGCAUACUACAAAAUGCUUCUUCAAGGAAAGAGCAUCUUUUCCUCCGAUCACGCGUUGCUCUCAACUUCAAAAACUAAAGCAUUGGUCCACAAAUUUGCAGCCUCUCAAGAAGGAUUUUUUGAGGCGUUUGUGAAGUCGAUGAUCAAGAUGAGCACCAUUAAUGGUGGUGGGACUGAGAUCAGGUUGAAUUGCAGAGUUGUUAAUUAAUUAAUUAAUUAAAUUGAUCGGGAUCUUUGGCAAAAAUUUGUGUUCAUUCAAAUUGUACGGUGCAUCCAUGUCAACUAAUCUCAAUUAGGAUUUAUUAAUCCCUAAUUAAGAUUUGUUAAUUCCUGAUUAAUAUUUUAUCAAAUAGAAUCGGGAUUUAAUU